AUGUUCGACAAAUUAUCGACUAAAUUGUUGAAUAUAACUAUAGCUUCCCUUUGCAGAACUAAGCAGUUGGAGAAAGCUGAAGCUGCUAUAAUUGAUGGUAUUAGAUUAGGCAUACUACCAGAUGUGGUGACUUACAAUACUCUGAUUACUGGAUAUUGUCGGUUUGUUGGGUUUGAUGCAGGUUACUCUAUUCUUCACAGAAUGAAACAAGCUGGGGUGAACCCGGAUGUUGUUACAUAUAAUUCUCUGAUGGCUGGUGCCAACAGGGAAAGCUCAUUAUUUCAAUGCUUUGAUCUGCUUGAAGAAAUGCUCAAUAUGGAAAUUGUUCCUGACUUGUGGAGUUAUAAUACACUGAUGCAUUGCUUUUUCAGAUCAGGAAAACCAGAUGAGGCUUACAGGGUUUUCCACAAGAUCAUUCUUCAGAGUAUCUCUCCAUGUCAAACCACGUAUAAUACCUUGAUUAAUGGACUCUGCAGGAAUGGAUACAUAAGUAAUGCCCUUUCCUUAUUUAGAAAUUUGCAGAGUUAUGGAUAUAACCCUGAGAUAGUGACAUACAACAUUCUGAUUAAUAGACUAUUUAAGUCUGGAGAGUUCAGGUCAGCAAUGAAGCUUUUUGAUGAGCUUAGAGAUUCAAGUUUUGUCCCAAAUGCCAUUACUUAUACUACAGUGAUGAAAUACUGCUUCAGACGUAAGUACUUCAAUAAAGGGUUGGAAUUUUUCUUUGAGAUGAAGAGUAGAGGCUAUACAUAUGAUGCAUUUGCAUAUUGCACAGUUGUUGGUGCUUUACUUAAGUCGGGUAGGAUACAAGAUGCUAAUAAAUGCAUGUCAGACAUGAUUAAGAAUGGGUAUGAGCUUGAUGUAGUGUCUUAUAACACCUUUAUCAAUUUGUAUUGUAAGGAAGGUAGAUUAGAAGAUGCCUACCAGUUGCUGGAUACGGUAGAAAAAGAAGGAUUGGAAUUCGAUAAGUAUACUCAUACUAUCUUGAUUGAUGGUCUGUGCAAGGCAGGAAAUAUUGACGGUGCCAAAAGGCAUUUAAACUAUAUGAAAAUGAUGGGAUUUGAUUGCUUAGUUGCUUUGAAUUGCUUUAUUAACGGGCUGUGUGAAGUUGGUCAAAUUGAUUAUGCAUUGAAAAUCUUUCAGUCUAUGGAUGUAAAGGAUUCAUUUACCUACUCUUCCUUGAUCCAAAAUCUUUGCAGGGCUAGGAGGUUCCAUGAAGCAUCUAAACUCCUACUAUCUUGUAUUAGAGCUGGGAUGAGAAUUCUUAGAUCGGACCAAAGGGCAAUUGUUAAUGGUCUUAAUCUUUCAGGCUUCAGAAAUGAUGCUGCGAAACUUGCAAUGGAAAUUCAAACGGCCAACAAGACAUAUCUUUUUGGUUUGUUUGAUAUCUCCAAGGAAGACGUGUCAUUUUGCGAGCUAUGGAGUGCUAGGGUUGGGAGCAGAUCAUAUGUUGAGAGCAUUGGUGAAGAACUAACUAAUGGAUGUCCCUAG